AUGGGAAACAUGUAUUGGAUUGCUAAAUGGAAUCAAGCUGGCUACUUCAUCCAAAGUUUUAAUUUCUCUACCGAGACAUUCGAGCCCUUGGCCUCUCUUCCCUUUGCCUAUGGUGCAUAUGAUGUUCACAACUUGGCAGCUUUCAGAGGAAAUAAUCUUUCUUUGUUAGUACAAAACAAAGAAACUGAGAAGAUGGACGUAUGGGUCACAAACAUGGCCAAGAAGGGUGUGAUAAUAUCGUGGACCAAGUUCUUUAGUGUGACGAGACCUGAACGCAAGGUGUUUCGUGCUUGUGAAGCUAUUGCUACUAAGGUGCAUUUUAUUGACAAGAAGAAUAGGGUUGUUGUAUGUUGUGAGGAAGUAGCAGUAGAUGAAAGGUGCGUCAGUGUUAAUAUCUAUCUUAUUGGAGAGGGUGAGAUAGAAAAACAAGAGAUAGAACUACAUAAACGAGGUUUUAGCUGGCCCUUUUGUCUCCGGCUAUGCAUAUCUUCCAAGUCUUGUUCCGGUUCUAACAUAGGACUAUAG